CUACCGACGCGCCCCGCGCGGGGUUGGAGGUGGAGUGGAUGGUGCGGCAGCGAUGCUGGUGGCAGCGGCCGCUGAGCGAAACAAGGAGCCCAUCCUGAGCGUGCUGCGGCAGUACGUGGACCCAGCCCAGCACGGCUUCCGUGUGCUCGAAGUGGCCUCGGGCUCCGGCCAGCACGCGGCCCACUUCGCGCAGGCCUUCCCUCACGCCGAGUGGCAGCCGUCCGACGUGGACCAGCGCUGCCUGGACAGCAUUUUGGCCACCGCUCAAGCUCAGGGGUUGGCCAACGUGAAGGCCCCGCUGUACCUAGACGUGACCUGGCAUUGGGAACAGUGGGGCGGGAUCCUGCCGCAGUCGCUGGACCUGCUGCUCUGCAUCAACAUGAUGCACAUUAGUCCCUUGAAAUGCACGGAGGGGCUCUUCAGAGCAGCAGGACACUUGCUCAAACCCAAGGCUCUGCUUAUCACCUAUGGGCCCUAUGCUGUCAAUGGGAAGAUCUCUCCACAGAGCAAUGUGGACUUUGACCUGACCCUCAGAUGCAGGAAUCCGGAGUGGGGGCUUCGGGACACAGCCCUCCUGGGGGACUUGGGCCAGGCCAGUGGCCUACUCUUGGAGAGGAUGGUGGACAUGCCUGCCAACAACAAGUGCUUGAUUUUCCGUAAGAAGUAACCCCAGUUCUUUGUCCAGCUUGCCUGCAUCCCAGCCAAAGGCUCUUUUGGCCACAAACCAACACCACCAGCCCUUGUGCCAGGCCUUGGUGCCAACCCCACCCAGUCUGGCCUCUUGGCUGGCAGCUGGUGGGCUGUCCAGAAUAAAGUAUUUUCUGCUGCCCUCUU